CCUUCUCAGCCGGAUUCCCGGUUUUGCCACGUGUGAAUCUGCAGGUGUAAACGGCGCAACUGUAUCGGCAGCGGAUUAGGUGGAACAAGCCUCGAAGCCGCCGCCUUCUCGUCCUCCCUCUGCGGCUGACGGGAUCCGAGCGCGACGGGGAGGAGCCACGGGCUGCUUCUCCCUCUGACAAGGCAGCCAGCGAGGGAAGGGAAAAAAAGGUCGGAAGGAGCGCACGGAGAAUCGUUUUGCAUGGGCGCGAAGGAUGGCGGGACGGUGCCGGGGAAAAUGGGCUCCCAGGACGCGCUCAGGGAUACCGCCAAACUGGCUUCCUCCAACGCCCUCUUGCAGGUGCUAUUCCGGCUAAUUACGUUUGGCUUAAAUGCUUUUACUUUACGUUAUGUAUCAAAAGAAAUAAUUGGUCUUGUGAAUGUAAGACUGACGCUACUUUAUUCAACAAUAGUUUUCUUAGCCAGAGAAGCAUUUCGUAAAGCUUGUUUGAGUGGGAACUCAAGGAGAAACUGGACACAAACAUUUAAUCUAUUAUGGCUAACAGUUCCUUUGGGUGUAUGUUGGUGUGUGUUCCUGGGCUGGAUCUGGCUAGAUGUACUUGAAGUUCCUAAUGAAAAUGCAGUUCCUUACUAUAAUUUUGGAGUACUUGCUUUUUGUCUUUCUGCUGUGAUUGAACUCCUGGGUGAACCUUUUUGGGUUUUAGCUCAAAUACAUUUACUUGUACGGCUAAAGGUGAUUGCUGAGAGUUUGUCAAUCCUUUGCAAAUGCUUUUUGACAGUUCUUCUAGUAGUUUUGUAUCCACACUGGGGACUCUAUAUCUUUUCUUUGGCUCAGCUUUUAUACACUACCAUUCUAGUAUUGUGCUAUAUAAUAUAUUUCAUGAAAUUUUUGGGUUCUCCUGAAGCAACCAAAAAAUCAUUUCCUAUUACCAGAAUGGUAUCUUUUUUGCCUGCUUUGGGACAAAAUGAGGAUAUUGUUAACUGGAAGGAAGCAAGGUUGACUUGGAGUUUCUUUAAGCAGUCAUUCCUAAAACAGGUUUUAACAGAGGGUGAAAGAUAUGUGAUGACUUUCCUGAAUGUUUUAAAUUUUGGAGACCAAGGUGUAUAUGAUAUUAUAAACAACCUUGGUUCUUUGACAGCUAGAUUUAUAUUUUUACCAAUAGAAGAGAGUUUUUAUGUAUACUUUGCUAAAGUUCUAGAACGUGGGAAAGAUACUAAGUUGCAAAAACAGGAUGAAAUUUCUAUGGCAGCUACUGUAUUAGAAUCACUGUUGAAACUGGUGCUUUUGAUUGGCUUAACCAUUACAGUAUUUGGUUUUGCUUAUUCGCAAUUGGCACUGGAUCUUUAUGGAGGAUCAAUGCUCAGUUCAGGAUCAGGUCCAACUCUCCUUCGUUGGUAUAGUUUGUAUGUCUUGCUGCUUGCUGUUAAUGGGAUAACAGAGUGUUUUACCUUUGCGUCAAUGUCUAAAGAAGAAGUGGACAGGUACAACUUUGUUAUGCUGGCUUUGUCCUUUGCAUUUUUGUGCAUGUCCUAUUUCUUGACCUCUUGGCUAGGGAGCAUAGGAUUUGUCCUUGCCAACUGCUUCAAUAUGGGGAUCCGAAUUUUACACAGCCUCCACUACAUUUAUAGAUACUUCGGAUGCAGCCCUUACAGACCUUUGAAGGGCCUUCUUAUUUCACGAUUCCUGGUUAUUGUUUACCUCAUCAGUGGAAUGAGCACUAAGGUUUCAGAGGUGUUUCUGUGCUGUGAUAAAGGGUGGAUGGCCAGAUUAAUUCAUGUCACAGUUGGAGCACUUUGCCUUACGGCAACUCUCACGACAAUAUUUUUCACAGAGACAAACCUAAUCCAUUUUGUUAGAAUGCAUAUUUUAUCAAGAUAUUCCAAAGAACAAUUAAAAUAAUGUUAAGUAUGUAUUUGAUAUAGGGAUUUGUAUUUAAAUGGAUAAUUAUUAUAUAAAGAUGUAUAAAGAUGUAAUAUUUCUGAUGAUUAUCUGAUUGAAAUAUUGAAACAGACAUAUAGGGAUAAUACAUACAUAUUAUCAUUUAGCAACCGUUCAAUGUUACAAUGGACCUCCCCAGAACUAUGUACAACCUGAUUUUGGAGUGCAGAUGACUGUACUUUCCUCUGAGUUCACGGAAUUGCAUUUUGGAUGCUUGGCAACCAACUCACAAUUAUGGCUGUUUACUGCAUCCUGCAGUCAUAUGACUGCAACUUUUGGCAUUUUUAUUCCUGGUUUCCAACAACAAGAACAAAAAGUCCAUUGGGGAAAACGGGUUUAUUUUACGACCAUGGCAUUAACUUAAUGAAUAUGGUGUUUGCUUACAACUGCAAAAAGGUUGUUAAAAAUAAUCAUGGUCACAUGGCGAUCCACUAAACAGCUACCAUGACUUAACAACCAUAAUCCGAGGGUCAAUUACAUUAGUAAGUUGAGGACUACCUGUAGUUGGUGACAAAAUUAGGUUUUGAGCCUGAAACAUUUUAAAUUGACAACUUUGCCAGGUGCCAGCAAUUUGUGAAUGGAGUUGUUUUCUAAGUAUAUUUUAUGCUGGAGGUUACUGCUUCAGAGGGGUCUGGUUGUUUGGAAUGCCUUUUAAUCAGAGGUGGGUUUUAGCAGAUUCUGACCAAUUCUGGAGAACCGGUAGCGGAAAUUUUGAGUAGUUCAGAGAACCGGUAGUAAAAAUUCUGACUGGCCCCGCCCCCAUCUAUUCUCUGCCUCCCAAGUCCCAGCUGAUCAGGAAGAAAUGGGGAUUUUGCAGUAACUUUCCCCUGGAUUGGGGAGGGAAUGGAGAUUUUACAAUAUCCUUCCCCUGCCACGCCCACCAAACCAUGCCCACCAAGCCAUGUCACGCCCACCAAGCCACACCCACAGAACUGGUAGUAAAAAACGUUGAAACCUGCCCCUGCUUUUAAUGAUAUACAUGGAGGAAUUUAAAUGUGAGCCAGUGUAGUGUAGUGGGUAACGUGCUAGACUAGGAAUGAAGAGAGUCAAGUCCUCAAUUAGGCAUCGAAGCCAGCUGGGUGAGUUUGAGCCAGUCAUUCUCUUUCUCUGUUUAGACUGUGAAGUUCAAAAAAACCUAAUCACACCAGACCAGUGAAGUAAAAUAUGGUCCAUAACCUUCAAUGAAGAGGAUUUCAUUGAAGAGUCUGUGAGGACUGAUGAAUUGAUUUGAGAUGAUUAUAACAACAUGGGGGAAAUAUACUUUUAUCUGUCGGAUGAAAACUGUUUUGUUAGUGGGAAGGGAUAACCAGAUAUUAUUCAGGCGUUAAAAUAGUAAUUUAACUCUACUGCUAAAGUAAGCAUAAAGAAAGCAUAUGGGGAUUUUUUUUUCUUAAAAAAUCAUAAUUGAUUGUCAGGGAUUUUACUUCAUUUUUAUACAAUACUUAAAUAUUGCAAAUGCGGAUAUUAAUAUAUUUUAUAAAUAUUUGAAAUGUAACAUCAAGUAUUAUUUGCUAUAAUAUUCUAUUCCAUUUAAAAAAAAAACAAUUCAUAUAAAACCAUGUUAAAACAUCAAAUUUAAGGGGAAUAAGGAAAAUUAUUUGGAAAAUGAGAACAAAAGCCACAUUAAAGUGUUAAAAAUUAAAUCUGGAAAGACUGAUAUAUUGAUAUCUAUAACUCUAGCAUGGAAAGCAUUAGUAACAUAACAUUUAAUGUUAUGAUUCUCUUGCAUCAGUAAAUAAAGCACAAAUUUAAGUGUUUCUAUAAAACAUGCAGCUAAUAUGUUUCCUUCAAUUUCAGAUAUUACAGUUCAGUAGCAAAGCUCAGGUAAAGCAUAUUUUGUUAAAGUCACGGACAAUUAUGUAUCAUUAAAUCACUUGGGAUAAAUAUCAUUAAUCUUUAUCAUGUUCAAGCUCCAAGAAACCUUUGAAGACACAUUCAAUUUGUUUUCUUGAGUAACAAGUCAGUGGCAUUUUCAGAAGCAAUAGGAAUAGCUGAUCUUCCCAUGCCAUAUUCCUGCUCAGAGCCAUAAAUGCUCUACAACAGGGGUUUCAAACUCAAGGCCCGCGGUCUGAAUCCGGCCUAUGGGGUGCUUAGAUCUGGCCCAUGGUGCUGCCCUGGAAACAGCAAAAGACUGGCCUGCAGUGCUUCUGCCAGCGAAAACCCAGUUUUUGCUGGCAGAGCGCUCAGGCCACCACAGAUGCCCCCAAUACGAGUAAUGUCAAGCUGGCCAUGGCGUCCCUGGCCACACCCACCCAGCUCCUCGAGGUCAAACACAACCCUGAUGCAGCCCUCAAUGAAAUUGAGUUUGGCACCCCUGCUCUACAAUCUCUUGCACAAACUACUCUGCUAUUCCACAGCAUCCUUAGUUCAUAGCUGUAACUUUAAGGGGUGGGAGGACUUCUAGGCAAGGAAGGACCCAGUAAACCUAGUUUCCUCUCUGCCUCUCUUUGCUGGUAAUGAUCCAGGAGUACUGGAUCAUAAAAGCCACGUUUUGAAUUUGUUAUUUAUAAAUUUAAUUCCAGUGUUCUGAGUUCAUAACUGUUACAUUAAAAUGAUGCGCUUUUGAUGAACUGAAGGCCUUUUCAUUCCUGAAAAAUGUUUCCAUGUUCCUGUGAAAGAUUGGCAUGCACAGGAUGUAUUCAAUCAAAGGUUGGUAGAAAUAUUGGCUUCUGUUUCCUACUAUAGAAUAUAUUGCUGCUGCUGCCUGCUAAAUUUACGACUGUCCUUUAAACAGCCUUCCCAAAGGAGAGGAUCUCUCCAAAUGUAUUUGAUUUUAAUAUCCAUCAUUCUCAAGAAUCUGUCUAUGCGAUACAUUUAAGGUUGCAUGGGUUUGAGAUUCGUAAGGAUCAGAAUAAAGUAUUUCAGAUUAGUUCUCUUUUAAUUUGAUAAAAUAAUCUGUGUUUGGAAUUGCAAUAUUUUAGUAACUCUGUAUUAAAAACAUAAAUCCUGCAACUCAACAUUCAAGUGAGUAACCUCCUUUGGACAGGGUAGGAAUUCUAAGGUAUUUUACAAUUAUGUUUUGUGGUGUGAUCUAAGCAAGGCAUUUAAUGUUAUUAAAAUGAGAUUCCGAAUUUCAA